AUGAUCUCGCCUAUCUUGACACUGUUACUUGGCACAGCUUCGCUUGUUGCUGCACAUCCUGUUGCAGAGAAACGCGCUGUGACACAGCUCGAUCAGGCUGCUUUUGAGGAGGCCCAGCAGCGGGAUGACACUGCUACGAGGGCCUUCUCGUCGGUCCCAAUCAAGACUUCCGAUGGGAAGUGUUUGUUCGCAGACAUUCUCUCUGGAGAUUUCCGAGCAAACCUGACUCCCAUUCAAGUGGGCGAAUGCAGUGGAGACACUGGCGCACUCUGGGAUGUCAUUACUGCUGGAAAGCACAAUGACCAACCUGGAACCAUGCUGAUAGUUAACACCCUCGAGCUACCCAAUAAAGCACUAACAGCGGACAAGACACAAGCCUGCUUCAAUUUUGAUCCUCGUCGGGCAGCAGGAAAUCAGGUGAUUCUAUUCUCCUGUGGUGGACGUGCUGAUGGAGGUGGUGCUGUCACAGAUUCCCAGCUCUUCCCGUUCACAGGAUCGGCUGGACCUCUGGCCUUCUCGCCCAAAAACUCCGCUGGAACGUGUUUGACAGUCAAAGGGGAUGUGAUCGACCAGGCUCCCUGCAAUACUGCAGACUUGAAUCAGUCUUUCAGCUUUGGUGAUGCUACGGCUCAACCCAGCGCGCCAGCAGCUUCCACAAGCGUCCCUUUCACAAGCACCGCUACCACCACCGUACCUGCCCCAGCGUCCACUACUACAAGUGACGCGGUAUCAUCCGUCGCGCCUGCACCGACUACUUCAGCAAUUGCAGUGACAACAUCAACAGCCUCUGCUUCUAUCGUGCCGGUUUCCAGGGCUGGAGGCGUUCUCAACCCAUCUGCAGCCGCUGAAGCAAAUCCUCGCGAUGAGACAGCUACACGCGCAUUUUCGUCUGUUUCUAUCCAAUCAGCAGAUGGCCAGUGCCUCUUCAUCGACAGAACUGCCGGUGACUUCCGAGAGCUCUUAAUCCCAAUUGUCCUCCAGCCAUGUGAUGGCUCCGCUGGUCAAAAGUGGGAUGUCAUCACCGCCGGAAAACACAACAACCAGCCAAAAUCUGCAUUGAUAGUGAGCGCCUUGACCCAAGGCUGCUUCAACUUCGACCCUAGGCGUGCUGCCGGUGAUACAGUCAUGAUCUUCAGUUGUGGAGGCAGGGCAGACGGCGGAGGGUCUGUCACAGAUAGCCAGCUCUUUGCUUUUACUGAUGGAGAGACGAGCCUGAAACUGCAGCCUAACAACGGAAAGGGGCAGGUGUGCUUUGCCCCGAACGCGACUGGGAGAUUGGAUCAAGCGACUUGCAGUGAUGAUCCAAAUCAAGUAUUCACCUUUGUCUGA